UGUGUACAUGUUCUUCCGGCGCUCCGGAGCCAUGCCUUGCUCUGCUCAGGCUUUGAAGUGCAGGUCCGCAAUGGCAUGUCGGAACCAUCAGGAUGGGCUUCUCCCUGGGCACGUAUCGCACCUCCCUUUAUAUAGGGCAUUGACGCGUCUACCAUCGGUACCAGGAGCCGUUCACCAUCUCCAAGGUGCAUGCAGUCUCUCUCAGAUAUGAUUGCUCCUGUAGUUGAGGACAAGAAUGCCUCUCAACCGCGUCUCCCCGUCGAAAUUUUCGAACGCAUCAUCGGCUUCGGGUCCACGGAGGACCUUCUCACCUGUGCCCAGGUGUGCAAGACGUUUUACCCCCUCAGCCGGUACCUCUCCCUCCGAGACGUCUACCUCAAAAGCCAGCAGCACACAUACCGGCUCUCACAGCUCCUCCGCGGUAACCCAACGCUGGGUCAGGCCAUCGAGAGCGUGUCCAUCCUCGGCAGCCCAGGGUCCGGCCACAACGACACCGCACAUCUAGUAACCUUCGCCACGACGUGUGCCUCCCUGGUACCCAACCUGCGCAGUCUCACACUGCGCGACGUCAAGUGGGCAGGGGGUUCGCUGCGUCGGGACGUAUGUCUGUACCUGACGAGGCUACGCAAGGUGACCGAGCUCACGCUGGAGAACGUCGAGCUGUCCUCGGCGGCGGCGUUUGCGGCCCUCCUGUGUGCUCUGCCAGCGCUCGAUCUUCUGAGGUGUGCCAAAGUGCGGCUGCGAAACAGCGGGUUCAGGCAUCUGGCCUUCCGUCGUCCUCCUGCACGGCGGAGAUUCAAAUUUCGUGUCUGUACAGACGACAUUGCUGCUCCGGCCCUGAGGCUCGUCAUUGCGGAUGCCCUGAGGAUCGUCGAUAUGUUCAGCUUCUUCAUGACGCUGGAUGUCGACGGCCCAUUGACACACAUCGCGGGCUCUGGUAUCCGUUCUUUACUGCAAGUCUAUGACAUGUGUCUGCUCGUGCGACUGUCGCUGAACUUGGACCAUUGCGGUGUGGAGCCGCAACAGGCACUGCAGGUCGUCGAGCAUCAUUUCUCUCUUGCGCCCCUGGAGUGCUUAGAUUCGAUACUCAUCACAAUCAUCAUCGGCGCCGAAGAAGUAUCGGGCUUCGAUUUCGCGUGUUUCGCGGCGCUGCUUGCGUCAGUCACGUCUGGGAUCUCGUGCAUCCAAGUGGUAGUCAAGGUCGUCGGGGAAGGCAUCGGCGACGGCGUGCGGUUGAUGCGGUUGCUGCUGAGCGGGGCCGCUACCACCGACAACAUGACGAAGAUCGAUCGCAUCGUGUCUAGCCCCCCUUUCACGAGGGAGUCGCGCAUCUGGAUCUCCAGCACACUGUGCAUGACGAGGGCACAGCCUGGAUUCAAAGAAUGGAUUAGGACCGUGCAGCACAAGAUGCCCACGCUUCACGCUAAUAAACAGCUUGACUUGUAUUAGGUACUCGGCACACUGGAAGCGAGGGCGGGAGGGCUGACGAGGGAGCCCGACAUGCUACUUUCGGGAUACGUCGGGAUACGAAGGUAGGAACUGCCAUUGAUGCUUCUGUUUGGUGAUAGACACUCUGUGAGCAUACGAAUUCGUCCCUUUCUACCCCUGCCAGGGGCUCCUAUGCAUGUUUGGGACGCUACGACGACAGAAGGCCG